AUGGAGGCUGAGGUGCGUGAAGAGGGAGUGAACAACAAUACCCAGCCUGUAAGAAGGGUGUUGGCCUCUUACACUAUCCCCAAUCCCAGACAUUAUGGGAGCAGCAUCCUCACCCCAAACGUUCAGGCAAAUGACUUUAAGUUGAAGACUCAACUAAUCACCUUGGUGCAGAACAAUUGUGCUUAUGGAGGUGGCCCUUUUGAAGACCCCAACCAACAUUUGUCUAUUUUCUUAAGGAUUUGUAAAACGGUCAAGACAAAUGGGGUUCAUCCUGACAUUUACAAAUUACUUAUGUUCCCAUUUUCCUUGAGGGGCAAUGCUACUCAAUGGCUGGAAACCUUUCCCAAAGAGAGCAUCAACAAUUGGGAUGAAUUGAGAUACAAGGCCUUAAUCAGGAAGUGUCCCCCAGAAAUGUUCAGUGAGUGGGAUAGACUCCAAAAGUUCUAUGAAGGGUUGACCCAGAAAGCAUUAGAUCAUUCAGUAGGAGGCUCAUUGCAGCUAAUGAAGACAGCUGAGGAAGCCCAAAACCUUAUAGAGAUAGUGGCAAACAAUCAAUACUUCUUUGCUCAUCAAAGACAACGCCAACCAACCCAGAGAAGGGGUGUACUGGAGCUGGAAGGUAUGGAUACCAUCUUCAAAGUGAUGGCUCAACAAAUUCAGCAACAAUUUGAGCAGAUGGCUAAGAAAAUUGAUGGACUGCAAAUCGCUACAGUAAAUACACAAAGCCAAUAUCAAACCUCACAUAGGUGGAAGCAAUCUGAAAAAAGUUUUGGGACACUCAAUUAUGAGCAACAAAGCCCUGAGCAGGUGCAAUGCAUGAAUAACACUUCAAGUUCAUUACAACACAGUUUUUAUGGUGAUGUACACAAGACACCCUGGAAGACUCAUUCUAAUUCAAGUACCACUGAAGACUAUCCAAGGAACAAAGGAAAAGCCACAAAAUGGGAGGAGUGCAAAGCAAUUAUAGUGGAAAGUAAAGAGACUAGGGAGAAGGAAGCCAUCAAUCAAGAAGAACACAACAGAGAAGUUCCACAAGAUGAAAUAGAGGAGAAAAGUGAAAAGGAUCAGACAACUAAAAAGGCACAAAUCUCAAAGGGAGACAAGAACAUCCUUGAAUCACAACUACAAGAGAAGAGGGAAGAAGUGAAUCCUUGUGUCCCCAAAGUUCCAUACCCUCAGAGGUUUAAAAAAGAAAAUGAGGAUAAGCAAUACUCAAAAUUCCUGGACAUAUUCAAGAUGCUCAGCAUCAAUAUUCCUUUCUUGGAAGUACUUGAACAUAUGCCACUAUAUGCCAAAUUCAUGAAGGAAGUGCUGACAAAGAAAAAAUCCCUGAAGGAAGGACAUAUUGUUGAGAUGACAAAGGAAUGA